CAUAGAUAUCACCAGCCAUCAACGGCUGUUCACUCGCGCAACGAUUAUCACGACGGGCCCAAUCGUACAAAUUGAGACUGCGUGCCGAAUAAGCCCAUACCUUGUACACGCCGCUCGCUAUUCAUCGCCAUCGAAGCCCGCCGUCCUCCCCCGACCUGUGACCAUGGCUCCAUCUCUUGUUCGUCCCCAGGGCCACCUGUCCCCUGCUGAGGCCCUCGAGCUGGCCCAAAAAGCACCGGCGAUUCUGCAAAACUAUCCGAAGGCGUUCUCAUCGUCGCCGCUGCUAUCCUUGUUCUCAGCCACUGAGACCCCCGAAUUGUGGACAAUCUACGAGAACCUCCUCCUUGCCUGCCUCCGGACCGGCGACAGCCCAUCAGCACACCAAUGCCUCGAGAGGCUAACACUCCGCUUCGGAGACGAAAACGAGCGCAUUAUGGCAUUCAAGGGCUUGGUGAAGGAGGCGGAGGCCGACAACGAUGGGGAGCUGGCGCAGGUGCUCAUGGAGUACGAGACUAUCCUCGGGGCCAAUGCGACGAAUAUUCCCGUCGCGAAACGUCGCGUUGCCCUUCUCAAGUCAACUGGCAAGAUACCCGAAGCUAUUGCAGCUCUCAACUCUCUGGUCGACUUCAAUCCCACGGAUGCAGAGUCGUGGGCGGAGCUUGCCGACUUGUACCUUUCGCAAGGUCUCUACUCGCAGGCCAUCUUUGCACUCGAGGAAGUCCUCGUUCUGACCCCGAACGCAUGGAACAUGCACGCACGCCUGGGCGAAGUUCUGUACAUGGCAGCUUCAGCCUCUGAAGGGUCCUCGCAACAGCAACUAGUUGAGUCGGUAAAGAGAUUCAGCCGAAGCAUCGAGCUAUGCGACGACUAUCUUAGGGGUUACUACGGGCUGAAACUGGUCACGAACAAACUGAUCCAGGAGCCUUCAAAGCCAUCGAGGCAAACAGAUUCAGAGGAGUGGGCCCUUCCCGACGUCACCGCGUUACAGAAACUCAAUGAGCUGGCGACACAAAAGUUGGCAGAUAUUGUACGCCGUAACGGAGCACAGGAGAAGCUCUGGCAGGGCUACGACGAGUCAGAAGUGGCAGCGGCACGAGAUUUGCUGUCAAAGGAGUCGGCCGAGCUCGUGAGAUGAGCAAUGGAUUACCCAGAUACGGCGAGCAGCCAACCUCACAUUGACAGGUCUUGUGAUCAAGAGGUCACGUUGAAAAGCCACCAUACCAGCACGCUUCAUGCGAGGCAUUGCCGAGUGGAUCGCCGUUUACCAGGGGUAGCAGGCAAUCAGAACACUCAAGCAACGUCAAGCAGCAAAGAUUUUGUCUGCAACACAUCAUCCCUGUGCCACUAGCCAUACCCAAGUUUCCUUGGCCACUCUGCUGGCCAACUGCGGACAAGUUGUUCAAGCAUACGAGAGCCAAACAGUGGGUAACAUUCAUUUUGGUAUUAUGUUCAGGCGCAAUUUGGCCGUGAACUCUGGUCGAAUGAAGAGGCCGUCUCAUAAUUGGGCUGGAAUGGGAGCCAUGAUACGUCUUUAGUUUUUGUAGAAGUCACGACAGACAUGUUUCAUACGGGGGCAGAGUCCCUGCUAAUGGAGACGAAU